AUGUGUUACUAUUGUCGCUACUUAGCACAUGAAAAAUUAAUUAUUUAUGACGAUGAACAAUAUCUAAGCAAUCAUGUAAAAUAUCAUCAUGUAAGAUCGUGUUACUUAACGACAGUUUUACGUUUGAUCGGCAUAACGUUGUUUUUCGUUAUGCUCAACAUUACGAUUGUUCUCUCACAAUCAUCACAAGUUCAACAACAAAAAGAUCAAUCGUCUCAAGAUUUCUACAGUGUUAAUAAAGUCAAUGACGAAAAUCAUCAACAAGCAAAACAUCAUCAGUCCCAUUCAUCAUCAACAUCCUCGACGAAUUCGUCUACUCAGCGAAAGACUAAACGUUUAACAUUCGAGAAACGUCUCAUUCGCGAUUUACUUGAUAAUUAUCCAACGAUAUAUGCACGUCCAAUCCGCAAUGUAUCUCAACCAUUAGUAAUCACAUUUGGUUUAACAUUCACACAGUUAUUUGAUUUGGGUUCGACCGGUCAAAAAAUGCAAACAAAUACAUGGAAAACAUUCACCUGGCAAGACAUGAAUCUCGUCUGGGACCCGAAAGAUUACGGUGGAUUAGCUACUGUAUGUCUGCCAGCUGAUUCAAUCUGGACACCAGAUGUCGUUCUCUAUAAUUACGCUGAUGAACGUCUGAAAGAUUGGCGUGAAAUCUCGGCCGUCAUACAAAGUACAGGUGAUGUUUUAUAUGUUCCUGCCAUCAUGCAAUUCAGUAUCUGUUUCCUCGAUAUAACUAAUUUUCCUUUCGAUAUCCAUCAAUGUUCAUUGGAGUACCGUUCGUGGACAUACGAUAAUACGAAAGUGGAACUGGAAUUCAAAGAUAAUAAGAAAAGUAUGGAUAUGACUUCAUACAUAGUUUCGAACGAAUGGAAAAUCGAUCAACUCGAAGCAGAAAAGUCGUUAGCUAAUGGAACGUUCUCCUUAUUAAAGUAUACGUUAAUCAUCGAACGCAAGGGUGGCCUCUAUGGUUAUAUUUUAAUUUUACCUUGUUUACUUUUAUCUGCAGCAACGAUGGUUGUCUUUUGGAUUCCACCCGAAUCGCCAGCGAAAAUGAUCUUAACUGUCUCGAUCUUCUCCGGCCUUUUUCUUCUAUUACUUCUGCUGGCUGAAUCUAUGCCAAGUGGAGGUGGCACGCCGAAAAUUGGUUAUUAUUAUUGCGUUAACAUGGUUGUUGUGUGUGUAACAGGCGUUCUUGCCACUGUCGUCAUCCAUAUCUACGUUCGGGGUGAUCGUCGUCAAGGAAUUUCCCCAACGGUGCGUCGCAUAUUUCUUCACUUUCUCGGACGCUUGUAUUGUAUGGUUCCUAAGACACCGCCAGCAGUAUCGGCGAAUGUGUCAUCUCGUCACGGUCCACCUUCCCCUGGUGCUCUUGUUCUACCGGAACAAAUCUUUCUUACCCCGCACUAUCACGAAGAAGAAUUUUCGAAGAAACUCAGAUUACUCAAACAACGCUUCCAUGAAUACCAUCAGCAACAAAAGCAAGGUUUAAUCAAUGAAAAUUCGAGUACAAGUGAAACCAUGGCGGCGCUGAAUUUAAACUUACGUUCAAUCGAGAACGAUCUCAAAGAAGUCCGAGAUUAUCUCCGACAUAUGAAAAAGAAAAUUGAAAGUACAGAUCAAUCGAUCAAAAAUGCCGACGAUUGGAAGAGCGUCGCACUUGUCAUUGAUCGUACAUUUUUCUUUAUCUACUGUAUUUGGUUUGUUAUUUCUCUCGUUGUUAUGUUCCCCAAAACUGGUGCAUUCACAAGUAAUUUACCGAUACAUGAUCCAACAGCAUCAAUAAAUACUACAAUGUCUACGAAUAAUUUAACGAUGAUUUAA